AUAAGGAAGUGACCGUCUGUCCAGACUGCAGUCAAGAUGGCUCCGAGUGGACUGAAAGCGGUAGUCGGGGAAAAAAUCCUCAAUGGAGUCAUCAAAAGUGUCAAGAAGGAUGGAGAAUGGAGGGUUCUCAUUGUGGAUCAUAUGAGCAUGCGGAUUCUAUCCUCUUGCUGCAAGAUGUCUGACAUUUUGGCAGAAGGGGUAACCAUUGUGGAGGAUAUCAACAAACGCAGAGAGCCCAUCUCCAGUUUGGAAGCCAUUUAUUUGAUUUCACCUGUGGAGAAGUCAGUUCGUGCCCUUAUUAAUGACUUCAAAGAUGCCACCUUCACUUACAAAGCAGCCCACAUUUUCUUCACUGACACUUGUCCAGAUGCUCUUUUUGCUGAGAUUGGGAGGUCCAGAGUUGCCAAGGUUGCCAAGACCUUAAAAGAGAUCAAUGUUGCUUUCCUGCCAUAUGAAUCUCAGGUCUUCUCCCUGGAUCACCCAAACUCCCUGUACUCCUUCUACAGUUCCAAACCAAUUGAAAACCGAGACAAAAUGAUGGAAAACCUGGCCGAGCAAAUUGCCACCCUGUGCGACACUCUGAAGGAGUACCCAGCUGUUCGUUACCGGAAGGGGCCUGAGGAGAACGCCAGAUUGGCCGAAGAGGUCUUCCAGCGCCUUACGGCACACAAGGCAGACAACCCAAGCAUGGGAGAGGGUCCAGAUAAGGCUCGAUCUCAGCUACUGAUUAUUGAUCGUGGAUUUGAUCCAAUCUCACCUAUUCUGCAUGAGCUGACCUUCCAAGCAAUGGCCUACGACUUGCUAGACAUCAAGCAAGAUAUUUACACGUAUCAGACAACUGGGAUUGGAAAUGCAAAGGAAAGAGAAGUGUUACUGGAUGAAGAUGACGAGCUCUGGGUUCAGCUCAGACAUAUGCACAUUGCCGAUGUCACUAAGAAGGUGACUGAGCUCCUGCGCACCUUUUGUGAGAGCAAGAGAAUGUGCACCGACAAUGCCAACAUAAAGGACCUGUCACAGAUGCUGAAGAAGAUGCCACAGUAUCAGAAAGAGCUGAGCAUGUACUCAACUCACUUGCAUCUUGCUGAAGCUUGCAUGAAGAAGUUCAAAGCCUCUCUCGAUAAACUCUGCGAAGUGGAACAGGACCUAGCAAUGGGAGAAAAUGCUGAAGGGGAACAUCUCAAAGACGCCAUGAAGAGCAUCGUUCCGGUUCUCCUGAACAAUGAGCACGAGGCUUAUGACAAGCUCCGCAUCAUACUGCUGUACAUAUUUCACAAGAAAAAAGGCAUCGGCGAGGAGAACCUGGCUAAACUCAUCCAGCAUGCAAACAUCCAGUCCAACAGCAACAUUAUUACCAACCUGCAGAACCUGGGCUGUAAUAUCAUAGAGGGGGGCCGCAACGCAGGGAAAGCACAACCGGAGCGCAAGCAGCGCACGGAGAGCACAUACCAGCUCUCCAGAUGGACGCCCGUCAUCAAGGACGUCAUGGAGAAUGUCAUAGAGGACAAACUGGACAGGAAGCAGUGGCCAUUCAUCUCUGAUCCUGCUCCCGUCAACACGACUCAGACUACAGUCAGUAGUGCACGUUUUGGACAUUGGCACAAAAACAAAUCUCCAACAGAGUGUCGAUCUGGCCCUCGGCUCAUCAUCUUUGUGAUCGGGGGUGUCUCGCACUCCGAGAUGCGCUCCGCUUAUGAAGUGACCCAAGCCACUGCUGGGAAAUGGGAAGUGUUGAUUGGGUCGUCCCACAUCCUGACCCCAACCAGCUUCCUGGACGACCUCAAGAGUCUGGACCAAGUUCCUAAUCCUGAUUGUUAGAUGGUUUGGCCUGCCACAGUAAUUUAAGUACACACUGGAAUAAGGGUUUAUUCUUUCAUUGAGAUGAUUGGUUGCUGGUAUUCUUUUUUUCAUAUCUCUUGCAUCUGAAAAUAAAUAUGAAGAGAGGUUGUAGAAGUAGCCAUCAAAAGAAACAUUUGAUUGUUUAUCGUAUUUCAGAAGGAAGUUUUUCUUAUUAGUUGUGAAUCCGCUCAUUGUAUUCUGCUGUGAUUGAAGUUAUAUUUAACUAUUUAAUUAGACUUUAAUAUAAUGAUCAUUCCACUGUCAUUGAAAUCUAUUUUGUUACGAUGUGUUUGAUUUGCCUAAGUUUGCACUUAGAAGCUGCAUCAUUCCUACAAUAUAUUAUUGCACCGAAUGUUUUAUUCAAGUCAAAAUUCAUAUUGUGUUUUAUGUGUGUAUCAUUUCCCUCCAGGUACCUUUUUCCUCAGAUGAAAUGUCUCAACUGCUGUGUUAAAAAUGUUACAAAUUCAUCACAUUCUUCGAUUAAUAUAUUGCUGGGAGCAAGUGUGGAUGGUGUUUGUUUCUUUGCUGUUAAAAAUAAGUAAUAAAAGAAGCAUAAUGUUGAC